AUGGUGCCACACAACCAAGGCAUUACAGUCAAGGUCCAGGAGAGAGGCUGCCCACAAGGCUCAUGUGCCGGCCCUCUCCUCUGGAACCUUACGUUCAACACAGUCCUCACCUAUGCAUGGCCGCCCUAUGCAAAGAUCACUGCCUACGCGGAUGACGCGGCUAUCAUCAUCCAAGGACGUACGCGAAAUGAGUUAGAAGAAAGAGAGCCACGCAGGAAGGAAGCAGCGACCACCAGGAUACUACAACUCAGACAAGAUGCCACCUUUAAUGGACACACCUUCAGCCCCACCUCCUACGAACACCUAAGGCAUCACAGCAGACAACAUCCAGGUGACAAAGGAAAAGGAGUCAUCAUCAGCAUCCCAAAAGCUCCCUCUUCAAAUAUCACAAGCGCUCAUCCUGUCUACUAUACGGACGGCUCUAAGCAGGACGCAGGAGUCGGCAGCGCCUUCCUUCUUACCCACCAUAAUGAAGUCAUCACAAGCUGGAAGGGCCAUCUCCAACCACAUAAUAGCAUCUUCCAAGCUGAGGCACUCGCCAUCCUGAAGGCCAUAGCACACGCUGCACGCUUCAACUACCGCUCACCCAUAAUCUGCACUGACAGCCAGUCAACACUACAUGCCAUAAAAAAUCACAGACAUACAUCACCAAUCAUCAAAGACAUUCAAAGUCUACUGCAGCAGCAUCGCUCCAACCCAGCAAGACUCAUAUGGGUGAAGGCCCAUGUGGGCCUUGCUGGCAAUGAAGCUGCAGAUGCCCUAGCCAACGAGGCAGCCACCAACCAUGAGGCCAUAGAAGUGAACCUACCAGCUCCAUCCUCCUACCUCAAGUCACAGCUCACACGAGCAACCAUUACAGCCUGGCAACGCGACUGGGACAGCUGCGACACGGGGCGUCGCGCUCACAUUUUUCUACCAAAAGUCUCAACUAGCCGACUCUGCUCCAUACCGCCGCUUACCAGGUUUAUAACAGGGCAUGGGCCCUUUCCCACGUACUACCACAGACAUGGCAUAUCCACCACAGACAUCUGCAUAUGCGGACAAGAAGGCAACCCUAACCACUACCUGUUCGCAUGCCCUCUUACCUCGGCCAUGCACCUUCCAGAGCCUACCACCGAUCUCGAUGCCUUUCUCCGUUUCACGGUUAAAAACCGUGCAGUGGUGAAUAAAAUUUGCCAAAUGGUUAACUACCUAGCCACACAGGGUCAAGACGUCUGUCACCCGACUUAA